CUGCCAAUUCAUAGCUACUUUACUGGCGUGAAACUGCGAUGGAUGUUCGAGCAUAUACCUGAAGUCGCCCACCUUGCCGAGCAGCAGGUGCCGAAUCCAUCUGGAUUGCGUGAGCCUUUGGCUUUGUUUUGGCACUUUUCAUACUAUUUUCUUGAGUUCAACGAGAAGACGUCUCGUGCCUACGUAUAUAUUUAA